UGCCCAGGAAGCCUCCCAGGAAAGAUGCAUCUUCUUCCUUUCCCCCUGCUGCUCUUUCUCCUGUGCUCGGGAGUUGAAGGUGGGGAGAUCAUCGGGGGCAUGGAGUCUAAGCCACACUCCCGCCCUUACAUGGCCUACCUGGAUAUUCUCACUCCCCAUGGCCGGGCAGCUUGUGGUGGUUUCCUGAUAAGAAGGGACUUUGUGCUGACAGCUGCUCACUGUGAAGGAAGUUCUGUAACUGUCAUUCUUGGAGCCCAUAACAUAUCAAAGAAUGAAGACACGUGGCAGAAGCUGGAGGUUGUGAAGCAAAUUCCUCAUCCAAAAUAUAAUGACACUACUAUUCGCAAUGACAUCAUGUUACUAAAGUUGAAGGAGAAAGCCAAACUGACCCUGGCCGUGGGGACAGUUCCCAUCGCAUCCCAAUUCCACUUUGUCCGGCCUGGGAGAGUGUGCCGGGUUGCUGGUUGGGGAAAAACAGGUGUGUGGGCGCCAACCUCAGACACCCUGCAAGAGGUGAAGCAGAAGCUCAUGGAUCCCCAGGCCUGCAGCCACUUUAAACAAUUUGACCACAAUCGCCAGCUGUGUGUGGGCAAUCCCAAGAAGACACAAUCUGCAUUUAAGGGAGACUCUGGGGGUCCUCUUCUGUGUGCUGGGGUGGCCCAUGGCAUCGUGUCCUAUGGACGGUGGAAUGCACAACCCCCUGCUGUCUUCACCCGAAUCUCCCAUUACCGGCCCUGGGUCAACAAGGUCCUGAAGGCGAAUUAACCCUGGAUC